AUGGAUUCGGACGAAAAAACACUGCAAAAGUUGGAACCAGUGGCUAUUUUUGGCUUUGAUGGUAAAAUGCCAGGAGGACUAAAAGUUCAUCCAGGUGGGAAACAUACUAUCUUCGCUAUUGGCAAUAAGAUUUCUGUGACUAAUAUGCAGACGAAUCGUCAGGAAUUUCUCUCAGGCCACACGAAUAGCAUUUCAGCGUUUGAUGUGGCGCCGUCUGGUCAGCUUUUGGCCUCUGGACAGGUCAGUCACAUGGGCUUUCGUUCCUAUGUGAUCCUGUGGGAUUGGAUGGGACGGAAGGAGCGAGCUCGACACGAUUUGCACCGCGUUCGUGUAGAGAGUGUAAGAUUCACGGGCAGUGAGCGUUUCUUGGUGUCGCUCGGAGGCGCGGACUGUGGAAUGAUCAUCGUCUGGGACGUGGAAAAAGGCACGGCGAUUUGUGGCGCGUCGGCUUCCAGAGAAACAACAGGAGCAGCGCUGAGACUUGAGACUUUGAGACUGAGAGGAGAUGCCUUUGUGUCGAUUGGUCAAAGAACAUUGAGGCUCUGGACAAUAGAUUCUGAGGCUAGGCGAUUGAAAGCUUUUGAUGUGGCGGUCGGAAAGCUGAGGAGAGAUUACACAGCCGCCAGAGUGGAUGAGCAUGAUGAGAUGCUUCUGGUUGGAACUAUGAGUGGAGAUGUUGUUAAAGUGAAGCUCAAUCUUCCCGAUGAUUUGGAGAAGGGAGCAUCUCCGACCCUUCUGGGCUGCUAUGCUCGCCACAAUCCACGGAAGUCGUCAGGCCAAGACUGCAGUCGCUACAGCAAUGGUGUUCGUGAGUUGUGGCUGCUGGAGAAAGGCAAAAUCCUCAUUGGCGCUGGUGAUGGCACAGUAGAUCUUGUGGAGGAGAGAAAUGUCUCUUUCAAGAACUACCACAAUCCCACCUGGCCUCAGUACAAGUCCCUUAAGAGGACGAAAGUGAACGGACCCGUUUCCUCCUUUCAGCUUCUGGACAGUGGCACAGUCUUGAUAGGCACAGAGGCCUGCGAAAUCUACUCUCUAGCUUUAGGGAGCUUCGAAAUCAAACUUCUGAAGACAUGCCACACUGGACCAGUGUAUGACAUCGCCUUUCCUCACAACUUUUCGGGAGUCUUCGCCACUGCCAGUUUUGAAUCCCUGCGGGUGUGGUCAGUGAAAAGAAUGCAAGAACUGCUGAGAAUCGUUGUACCCAAUUUCACUGCUUCAGGCGUGGUGUUUUCGCGAGAUGGAAAGAGUCUUCUGUCUGCCUGGAAUGACGGAGCUUUAAGAGCUUUCACACCCUUAACAGGAAGGCUUGCAUUUGCCAUCCCCAAUGCCCACAACAAAGGCUGCAGCGCUCUUGCGACCGCCGCUUCGGGAGGAUUGGUAGUCAGUGGUGGAUUAGAAGGCCAAGUGAGAGUAUGGAGUGUUGCUCGCACUCCAACUCUCCUGGGCGUCCUUAAGGAACACACAGCAGCCGUGGCGAGUGUGGACUUCAACAGAUUUGACACGGAAGUUGUCUCAGCCUCACGCGAUGGCAGCUGCGUCAUUUGGGAUAUCAUUAACUUCUCCCGAAAGCACGUUCUACUGGCCAAUACGCAGUUCUCCUGUGCUCGCUAUCUUCCCAGCGGCAUUCAAAUCCUUGCCACAGGCAGUGAUCGUCGCAUCACAUACUGGGAAGUCUUCGAUGCCAGUCUCGUCCGGGAUGUUGAGGGUUCGCUGAGAGGUUCUAUCAACAGUCUCUCCUUUGCCGGCGACGGGGACUUCUUCGCCUCCGCCGGAAGCGAUCAACUGGUGCGCUUCUGGGACUACAACCUUGGCACUCCUGUUGGCCUCGGGCGAGGUCAUGCAGCCGAGAUUCUAGUGGUGAAGUGCAGUCCUUGCGGAGGCUUUAUCGUAUCUGGAAGUGCUGAUGGUGCGGUCUUCGUUUGGAGUGUUCCUGAAGCGAUGAGAAGCGUCGGCAGUCCAGUUGAAGAGUCAUCAGAAGCUUCUAGAGUAAAGUCUCGCGGUCCUCCGAGGGAGAACGUCAGUCAAUUGAAUGGUAAAACGUCAGGCAAGAAGCUACAAAUCUCAGAAUGCCCUCCAAUUGAGAGCAGGGGUGGAUCAGGAAGUUCAAAAAGCAGCAAAACUGGGAAGAGUGCAAAGAAAUCAACCUAAGAUUUUCAUAGAUUCCUUUUAUUAU